AUGUAUUCCAUCAUUCUACCAACAUACAACGAGAAGGAAAAUUUGCCAUACAUCAUAUAUAUGAUUAUAAACGAGCUAAAAAAAAAAAGGAUUAAUUUUGAAAUAAUAGUAGUAGAUGACAACAGUGAAGAUGAAACUGCUAAAGUUUACAAAACUCUUCAGACAAUUUUUAAAGAAGAAAGAUUGCUAUUAAUAGAGAGAGAAGGAAAAUAUGGUUUAAGUUCUGCAUAUAUGGAUGCAUUAAAAAUAGUGUCUGGUAAUUUUGUUAUUAUAAUGGAUGCUGAUUUAUCGCACCAUCCGAAAUAUAUAUAUAAUUUUAUAAAAAAACAAAAAGAAACGAACUGUGAUAUUGUAACAGGUACUAGGUAUAGUAAAGAUGGAGGAAUAUCAGGAUGGUCUUAUAAACGAAUUCUCAUUAGUCGUGUAGCCAACUUUUUAUCACAGUUUCUUUUAUUUAUUAAUCUGACGGAUCUAACUGGAUCCUUCAGAUUAUAUAAGACAGAAGUACUUAAAGAAAUCAUUCAGCAAGUAGAAGGAAAAGGAUAUGUGUUUCAAAUGGAGGUUAUUGUAAGAGCAAAGAAAUUAGGUAAAUACAUUGAAGAAGUUGGUUACGUGUUUGUUGAUAGACUCUUUGGUCGAUCAAAAUUGAGUUCAAAUGAAGUUUUUCAGUAUCUUAUUGGUCUAUUAAGGCUCUUUUGGACUGUCUAA